UCCUUUCGUGUGACCCUUUGUUGGAGGUUGAGCAAGUCACCCUCAGCCCUCUUGGUGAGGCAAGGUUCAGACCGAGUUGGGUGACAGCACGAGCACAUCCUCUUAUUUAGCUUCUUCUGGACCAGCCACACCUCCACUGGCAACUGUCUGUGGUCUGGCCCCCUUCGUCCAACAAGAGAAGAAAAUCCUUGAGGACCGGCCACAGUCUCGCCAGGUUGAAGAAAUGUCAACAAUUGGGGAUUUUGAAGGAUUCCAGCCUGUGUCUCUGAAGCAAGAGGGAGAUGACCAGCCCUCUGAGACUGACCUGUUGUCCACGGAGGAGGGCAGCCCAGGCAAGGACCCAUCGCCAAGGCAGAUUUCAAGGCUGUCAAGUGUGACGGGAUCGGCACUUUACCCCAAUCCCUAUCACCAGCAUUAUAUCGCACGGAAGUACUUCGUCACACGGCCAGGGGCCAUUGAGACCGCCAUGGAAGACUUGAAAGGCCACGUUGACAAGACUUCUGGAGAGACCAUUCAAGGCUUCUGGCUCUUGACAGAGAUAGACCACUGGAACAAUGAGAAGGAGAGGAUUUUGCUGGUCACAGACAAGACUCUCUUGAUCUGCAAAUAUGACUUCAUCAUGCUCAGCUGUGUGCAGCUGCAAUGGAUUCCCCUGAGUGCUGUCUAUCGUAUCUGCCUGGGCAAGUUUUCCUUCCCUGGGAUGUCCCUGGACAAGAGACCAGGAGAAGGACUUAGGAUCUACUGGGGGAGACCCGAGCAGCAGUCGCUAUUAUCCCGCUGGAACCCAUGGUCCACUGAGGUGCCUUAUGCUACCUUCACUGAGCACCCUAUGAAAUACACCAGUGAGAGGUUUCUUGAAAUUUGCAAGUUGUCUGGUUUCAUGUCUAAGCUUGUUCCAGCUAUCCAGAAUGCACACAAGGAUUCCACUGGAUCUGGAAGAGGAAAGGGAUUGAUGGUGAUAACUGAACCCAUUUUGAUUGAGACCUACACGGGACUGAUGUCAUUCAUUGGAAACCGCAACAAGCUUGGCUAUUCCCUUGCCCGUGGGAGUAUUGGUUUUUGACACUUUUUUGGUGGAUAAGUACAUCACCCACAGACAUGCCAUUAUUGAAGAUUCUGUUUCAGCCCAUCAUAUUUUUGGACUGAAACAAUUAAUUACUUUUAAAUAGUAUUACAUGAUAUUGAAUAUUUAGAACCUUAGGAAAUCUAAAAGCUUGAUUAGACUGAUAGAUGCAUGCUUCAGAUCUCAUUAAGAAUAAUCAAAUUUCCUAAAACCAGAAAAUAAGUUCUAAGCCCAUCAAAUAAUAUCAAAUUAAUAUCUGAUCACAAACUUAGGGCAGACCCUCUGGGUUUUUGUUCCUCUGUCUUCUAAAUGUAGGCAUAUUCUGGGUUUUGAUCUUCAACCCUCUGAUUCCAAUCUUCUCUCUCAUUAGGGUCUCAAUCUGUAUUAUUUUAGCUAUCUUUUUUAUGAAGGUGACUUCCAAAUCCAUAUUCCCACCCCCACUAUUUCUUCAAGAUUCAGUUUUGCAUUUGUCUGUUGAUCAUAUAUCUAUAUCAGUGUUCUGAUGACCAGUUACAUUCAGUAUCUUUAAAAUCCUAGUUCUCUCUGUAGUGUUUUUAUGGUCUGUCAUCAUCUCUAAAAUCCAUCAGUUUUGAUGUCUUUAAAUUCCUUGCCAAAUGCAUUUGAUAUAGUAGCUGUUUUAGUCUCUUUGAGUUGCUAUAACAAAAUGCCAUAGACUCACUCGAUGGCCUUCAUAACCUAAUUACCCAAAGGCCCCCCAACUCUUAAUACCAUCAUAUUGGGUUUUAGGAUUUCAACAUGUAAGUUUUGAGGGGACACAAACAUUCAGACCAUAGAAGUACCACUGUCUGUGACUUAGCAUUGUACCCAAUGCCCAGAUGUCAAACUUAAAGUCCAUUUUUCUUUCAAAAUUGUUCACAUAUUUCUUCUCUUUUCCAUUCUCACAGGUAUAUUAUUAGAUCAUGUUUCAAAUUCUAUUUACUUGGAUAAUUUCUGUAGAUUUUUAAUCGGCAUCUUUGCUGUA